CUUCCAAGACGCCGUGGACUUGGUUCGAGGACGUCUUGGCGCGAGGGUCCUUGCGCCCGGUUCUCUUGGCGUCCGUGCAGUGCAGGUGAACAGAGAGAGAGAGAAAGAGAGACAGAAAGUGAAGGUGAAUUGAAAUAAGCGGAGAGGAAAGGUGUUCAAGAUGUUCGCCUGCUUCGGGCUGAAGGCGAAGCACAAGCGGCUCUCUCCCGCCCAGUCGGAGAUCGAGCUGUGCGCGCCCCUCAAUGGGUCCGCGCGCUCGCCCUUCCACCGCUCGCCCACGCCCCACGGCACGCCCCUCCCCAAGCGCGCCUCCUUCAGGAGAAAGAAGAAGCGGCCGUCGGAAGCGGAGACUCGCCUAGACGCCGAGUACCCGGUGAAGGCGGCGCGGCCAGGUGGACCUACCAGCGGACCGCGCGGGCCGCACGUGGGCCAUGGCGGCAGUGGGCCGGGCCAGCAGCAUCCGGUGCCGCAUGCAGAGCAGCUGCGGCGCCUGGAGGCCGAGGUGGCGGCCCGGGCGGCGGAGGUGAAGGCGGCGCGAGCGGAGCGGGACCAGGCCGGACGCGGCGUCGAGGCGCUGUCCGUCAUCAUCCAUCAUCUCACCCACACCUACGAACCGUUCUCUACGCCACGGCUGAAGGCGGAGGUGGUGAGACUGACGGCGCAACUCACUGAAGCCAGACUCAACCUUGACGAGAGCACAGCAGCAGUGCGCAGACUCCAGGAGGCAGCGGAGAAGAGCGCGAGCGAGCAUGAGCAGAAGGCGCAGCAGCUGGAACAGAAGCACCGACAGACCCUCGAGCAGAUUAACAAGCAGCACCAGCAUGAACUCGAUCUGGUUCUGGAGAAACAGCGCAAAGAUAUGGCCAAGUUCGCAGAGGAGCAACAGGCACAGAGGGAAGACCUUAGUCGUGCCCACUCUGCUGAACUGGAGCAGAUGGAAGCAGAAUGGCGCAGUAAGCUAGAUGUUCAACAUGAAAAACACCUGUGUGCUGUCCAGGAACUCAACACACGACACACACAGAAGCUUCGCGAACUGGAAUCCUCGAGGCGUGCCCGGGAGUCUGAACUGGAAAUGGCCAACGAGAGAUUACUCCAGGAACAGGAAGCCCUGAAGCUGCAAUCUAAGAAGCUGGAGGAGACGCUGCUGAAUGAUACUGAUCACAGAUUGCUGGCCUUGAGGAAAAUGUGCUCCUCUCUCAAGAGUGAGGUUGAGUCUCUAAAGACAGUGGUGGAGAUGAGAAAUGCCGAGAUCCAUGAACUACGCGGCCAGGUGGUAGAAAUGGACAGGCUAACCAAUGACCUGGAAUUAGCCAGAGAAAAGUCGAAGGCCCUCCAGGCUAAGACUGAGGAUCUCCAGGCACAAAUGGAGAAGAGAUCUAUGUCUGAAAGACAUUUGGUCAAUGAACACAGACUUUUAAUCGAGACCUACCAGAGAGAGUCCAACAUCAACAAACGGCUGAGCCUAGAGAAUGAGGAACUAGCAUGGAAACUCCGACAGCGAGAGGAGAUCAUGUCAACAUCGAUGCCUUCCUCUACCCUUGGUAUGUUUGCUUUCUUAGCUGUCCUAAACAAAAACAGCUGCUAGAACAAUAUCUAUAAU